AAACAUAGUGGUGUUGAUUCUGGUAGAAAUUAGAACUACCUAAAUUUUCGUAUUACUGCAUUAAUUCAAGUUCGAUAACUAUAAAAGCUACGUAAUUUUUUGAUACAAUGAAGUUUCAAACUAUUAAGUCACAUUGAUAAUAUUACAAUUUAUGUGAUGUGCUAUGAAUAAUAUUGAUUAUUCAGAUUUCAUCGCAUAGAGGUUACUGUAUACAAAUUUAUUUAAUGAUAAAGUAUAUAAAAUUAUUUUAAAAAAUAAGGAUUUUGUCUUAUUAAUUUUUCAAUAUGUUCUGGAUACAAAAAGCAAUAAAACUUCGUCAUAUCCACUAUUUUAAAAUAAAAUCUAUGAUUUGUAUAAUUCCAAAUCAUCAAUCUAUUAGAUAUUCUAAAAUUUGUAUAUUACGUACAGAGUUAUCUUUAAAGCAAUUAAAAAAUAUAAAUUAUCAAAAAAUAUAUGAUUUUCAUACAUCAUCUAAAUUAUGCAUACCACCAAUUUUUGCUGUUAUCCUACGUCCAAUUUUGAGAUUGAGUGCAUUUAUACUUGGACGUGGUAUUAAACGAUGGUGGCAAAAGAAAUCAACAAAAGAACAAGAACAAUAUAAAUUGUUGUUUAGAGAAAACAGAAACAUAUUUUUAGGAUCGUUGGUUUUAUUAUGCUUAAUGUUUAUUGUUUAUUAUUUAAUGCACAUUGAAACUGAUCCAAUAACUAAUCGAAAGCGAUUUAUAAUAUUUAAUAGAAAAGAACAAGCUGCAUUAGGUCAAUUAAUUUUUGAAAUGCAUUUAGAGGAACAUAAGGCAUCAUUGGUAGCAAAAGAUCAUCCUGCAUAUAAAAGACUUAUUAAAAUUAUAGAAAAUAUAUUGGUUAAAAAUAAAGACUUGAUUUCUGUUGAAGAUAAAAAUUGGACGUUAACUAUUGUCGAUUCUCCUAUAAAAAAUGCUUAUGUUUUACCUGAAAGAAAUAUAUUUUUCUUCUUGGGUGUUCUGAACAUUGUCGACAAUGAUGAUCAAUUAAGUAUUAUACUUGCUCAUGAAAUGGCACAUGCAUUGCUAUUGCAUUCGGUUGAACAAUUUUCACAUGCACUAUUAAUAGAUGUUUUAAUGACAAUUCCCAUUUUAUUACUUUGGGCAAGUUUUCCUGAUUCAUUAGCAUUUUUUUUACACAUGAUUGGACAACAUAUCGUAAAUCUUUUACAUAAUUUACCAUAUAGUAGAUCAUUGGAAAAUGAAGCUGAUGAGGUGGGAUUAAAUUUAGCUGCAAAAGCCUGUGUAGAUGUACGUGAAGCAGUUGUAUUUUGGGGUACUAUGAGAAUGCUUUCAGAAAUGAAGUUAGCAUCCAAUAUUGUACCUUGGUUAUCAACACAUCCUGCUCAUGGAGACAGAGAGCAAAGUUUAAAUAAGAAAAUGACAAAGGCAAUAGAAUUAAUGAAAUCAUCUGGUUGUCCAAAAUUAAAUCCAAUUGAUCCAAGAAAACAAUUUUACGAACGUACUUUGAAGGACCACGAAUUUUAUUUUAAACAAAAAGGAAUAAUAAUAACAUAAUGUACAUAAGGUGUGAACGAUACAGAAGUUUAUAAUAUAUAAUAUGUUUAAGAAACAUGUGUAUUGUAACUUACAAUCAACGUAUUAUUUUUAUAAAAUAGUUUUGUUCAUAAUAGUAUUUGAAGAUUUUUUAUUUAAAAAAAUCAAUAAUGUUAUCUUUGAUCAUUUGUUAUAAUGUGAAGUUUUAUAUAAUAAAUUUAUAUAUUAUAAAAUUA